AAGAAAAGUAAGUGCGGCACGCGGAGGGCAGUCGUUUAGAUUUGACCAAACUCGAAGCGCAGUGAUUUGCGAAAGGUUCGCUGUCGCAUGAAAAUAUCAUUAUCAAACAAUUCGGCUUCCUGGCUGGUUAGCUAGCUAUGCUAGCUGCGGCACUAUCAGACAACUUGGGGUAGAGUCAUACACAACUUUUGAGCGACGCAGCAAGAAAUGGACAAAAACGUGCGCAAGCUUCGAAGUAAAGAUAUAAACCCAUGCAUUGAAGAAAGUGAUGGCUCUCAGAAAUGUUUGGAUGCCAAUAACUAUGAUAAGAACAUGUGUUCUGCGUAUUUUCUGAGAUACAAAAACUGCAGAAAAUACUGGCACAACAUCAUGGUGAAUAGGAGACGAGACGGCGUGAAGCCUGACAUGCCCACUGCUGAGGAGCGCCAGGAGAUACUGGCUGCCAUUGGAGGCAAGCCCUAUUGAGGCAGUGGCAAGCCCUAUUGAGGCAGUGGCAAGACCAGCAGAAGGAAACACUGGAGCGGGGUGUAGACCAUACUUUCCAGUAAAGCUCUGGGACAGACCCCUUCUUUAUGAAGGUCUGAGAGCUCCUCCACACACCUCACCAUUAUGAUGCUGACCGUGCCCCAAGAGGUGCCUCUGCCGCACUGUGUGCUGCUUGCCACUAAAGGUUGACGGUGGCGUUGAAACCUGUGUCAAAUACUGAUAUCAAUGAUCAAAUCACUACAGUAUGCCUAAUGCGGAAAUCUGGCUAUGAAUGUGCAUAGCUGGUUAGUAUGAGUGGAGCUAUAUGGAAAAGCACUUGCGAGUUGCCUUGAUGAAUCAAGCGUUUUAAUAGUCUUUAAACAUUUACAUUUAAGUCAUUUAGCAGAUGCUCUUAUCCAGAGCGACUUACAAAUUAAAUUUAAAGAAAGAACUGGAAAGACUAUGGACUUACUCACCUUUAUUUGCAAGCCAGCAUCUCUGAAAAUAAACUGAAUGUGUUUUUGUAAAAAGUGUAUUUAUUUAGUAUACUUUUUCACAAUCGCGUAAAAGCGUCUUUGGAACAAUGUUGUCGAUUUUUACAACAGUCCACAAGACGACUCUGGCCUUUCGCAGAACAGUAAAUGUAAUUGCUUUCUUAAUACAUUCUUAACUAUGAUGCAGUCAAUUACAUUCAUUUAAAAAAACAGGACUGCCUGCAAAGACAUUAAUGCAACCAUAUUCAUCUCUGGAGUACAAGCAGACAAAACAGAAAGUUAGUCUUUAUUUGCAGUCACUAAGUCAUGAUCAAAAUUGGUACUAGCCUACAACCAUUGAAAGGUGCAGAAUUAUGUGCGAUUACUCCUUUUAUGCAUAUUUCAUACACAUUAAAUGUUUUUAAAAUAAGCACAUUGUGUGCAGGAUUCAUUCAUUGGUAUCAUCCCAAUCUUAAUUCCUUGUAUUCAAUGCAUAGGCUGGUUUGCUCAUAGUUUUGUAGACUUUCCAUUGGUGCACAUGAUAGGCAAUGAGGUGAAUACAAUGGAGGAACUCCACUGAUAUGAAUGUAUAGCCUCAAUCCACACCAAAGCUCUACAAUGGAAGGUCACAAUGUUGGAGAUGAUUUACUUAGAAGUAACCCAACUUCACUCUGCAUGUCAGCGAUAUUGUACAAAAUCAUAUAAAUUAGUCCCCAUUACUUAGAUCUUUCACGAUAUUGUACAUGGUAGGACACUGAUGGGAUUGAAAUAGAAUUCCGUGCGAUAGUAUUUACUCAUUGCCGGAAACAGUGUUGUACACAUUUCUCUUCGGAUGAAAAAAAAACAUUUUUGUUAAUAUUCUGUGAAAUAAAGACUACAAUUCA